UUUAUCUUGUUAUCAGGCCCAUAUUUGUUUGGCACUUCACUAGUUUAAAAAAUCGGUAACCAUUCAAAUUUCUUAACAAUUUUUUUCAUGAAACGUUGAAAAAAAUGUGGUCCCACGAAAUGUUAACCCAAUAUCAAUCAAUACAUUCUUUAAUAUACGUCAAAUAUUGAAAUUCUAUGAUCAUUUAAAUUUCUUACUUUUUUAUCAUUUUAAUUUUCCGUUAAAAACAAUUUUUAUGCAAAAACUUUCAUUUGAUUGAAAUUCCUUAAAUAAGCAUCAAAUUAAGAAAAUAUUGAAAAACUUGUGAUUACUAGAAUUUUUCAUCGAAAAUCGAUUUUUCAUAAAAUUUAAACCGAUGGUCGGGUGUAGCCUCCGGUAGCGUUUAUGGUGUUUUCGAUGGUCGCCAACCGAUUUAUCUAGUACGAGAUCCACAACUAGUAAAGCAUGUUAUGAUUAAAGAUUUUGAUCAUUUUGUAAAUCGUCGUAAUUUCCUAGACACCGGAGGAAGUGGCAAUUUACUUAUACACUCAUUAUUUUUCUUGCAAAACGAAACAUGGCGUGAUAUGCGCAACACUUUAAGUCCAGCAUUUACCGGCAGUAAAAUGCGACAAAUGUUUAAACUUAUUGUCUCUGAAAUAGAAGAGUCCAUGAGAUAUCUCAGGGAUGAAAUACACAAUAAUGAUUCGGAAGAAAAUGGUUUGGAGUUGGAUGUUAAAGAUUUUACUUCACGUUUAACGGUCGAUAUUAUAGCGUCUACAGCAUUUGGUUUGCAAGUCAAUUCAUUUAAGAAUAAGGAUAAUGAAUUCUAUACUAAAGCUCAAAAAACAAUUAAGUUUACGGGACUGCAGCAAAUUAAAAUGUUGGUUAUGGAACUAUUUCCUCGAGUGGCGAAGUUACUUAAACUUGCUAUGUUUGACAAGGAUUUCGUCGAUUAUUUCAAACGUUUGGUUUUAGAUGCUAUGAAAUAUCGUGUGGAGAACAAUAUUCAACGUCCCGAUAUGAUUAAUCUUUUAAUGGAAGCUAGAGGCAUGAUACCAACUGAUACCCCAAAAACACAUUUCCGUGAAUGGAGUGAUGUUGAAGUAGUGGCACAAUGUUUCCUGUUCUUUUUUGCCGGUAUGGAACCAUCAUCGGCUGUUAUGAGUUUUAGUGUACACGAGCUUAUGGAACAUGCUGAGGUACAGGAAAAACUUUAUCAGGAAAUACUUCAAUAUAGUGAAGAUUCAGAGAAUGAAUCCGUUACGUAUGAUACAUUGAAAAAGAUGCCCUAUAUGGAUAAGGUGGUGUCUGAAAUGUUACGCAAAUGGCCGGUUAGCUUGAUAACGGAUCGUGUUUGUAAUAAAGAUUACAUCUACGAAUCGAAUAAUAAGAGGUUUGAACUUAAAAAAGGGGAAAUACUACGUAUACCAAUGUGUUCCAUACACAGAGAUCCCAAAUAUUAUCCCGAACCGGAUGUUAUAGAUCCUGAACGAUUUAGUGAUGACAAUAAAUCGAAAAUAGAAGGUGGUGCAUAUUUACCAUUUGGUUUGGGUCCCAGAAUAUGCAUAGCUAAUCGUUUCGCUAUAAUGGAGAUUAAGGCCUUUCUUUUCUAUUUACUACGAGAGUACCGUUUGGAGGCAUCCCCGAAGACAAUGAGACCUUUAGAAUUAAAAAAAUCCGGUUUUCAAGUUAUACCAGAAAAGGGAUUUUGGAUACAAGUUGUACCACGCAAAUAACUUUUGUAUAAUUUUUAAUUUGAUUUAUUUUAUAUAUUUAUUUUUUCAUAUUUUAAACAAUAAAAAAAUAAUAAAAUAA